AUGCUUGCUUUUCGAAAGGUCUCACCCGGCUUGAGACCACCAAUUUCCGGGACUGUCCUUCAUUUGGUCCGAGUUUUUCUUUUCUUUCUUGCAUUUUUCUCCGCCCUCGCUUUCUACGCACACGUGAUAGCUUCUCGCGACCCAGGUUCAGUGUUCUUCAAACCGUGGACUGCAUACGAUGCCUCUUAUUCCGAUCUGAGAUCGUAUGAAGCGGUCUCAUAUCUUGAGUCGGUGAACAAUGCUACACUGCCGACUACGCCCAAGGCCUCGUCACAUCCCGGGCUAUGCGUUGGGAUUGCAUCUAUCGCUCGGCAUGGUGUCCGGUAUUUCAAGACUACAGUAGGCACGGUUCUCGAGGGAUUAAGUGAGGAAGAGCGUGCAGAUAUCCACCUGAUAUUAUUCAUCGCGCACACGGAUGCAGCACAGCAUCCAGCUUACUCGGAGCCUUGGCUGCACGAGGUGCCGGAUCAAGUGUUGCUGUACGACCCCACCGAAGUGGAUAUCGAUCACAUUCGAUCUCUCGAGACAGACGCGGCCAAGGUAUCUGGGCGUGAAAAGGCUCUCUUCGAUUACACUUAUCUAUUGAAGGCAUGCGAGGCGGCAAAUACCCCGUACGUCAUCAUGCUCGAAGACGACGUCUUUGCUCUAGAUGGAUGGUACCAUCGUACCCGGGAAGCUUUGGCGUCUGCAGAAAAGCAGACUGAGCAAAUUGGAGCAUCGAAGUGGCUCUACCUCCGUCUUUUCUAUACAGAAGAAUUACUCGGAUGGAACUCGGAAGAAUGGCCGGUGUACCUCUUUUACUCGAUCCUCACCGUUCUGUUGGUUGCCUGUACUUGUUUGGGCGUAAGGCAAUACGGACCUCGAUCGGCAUCAAAGCUCUCCACCGAAACCAUCUUUCUCCUCAGUGGCAUCUGCACGCCUCUCCUGAUUGGACUUUUCUUUGCUACCGGUCGUGCUACCGUGCUUCCGAUCUCGGACGGCGUUCACCAAAUGCCUCGGUUUGGUUGCUGCUCGCAAGCCUUGGUCUUUCCGCGAUCGCGAAUCCCGGAUCUCACUGAUCUAUAUGAAAGGAAGCGUCUGGGGUAUGUGGACAUGCUCACGGAAGAAUAUGCAAAUGAGAACCAGGAGAUUCGCUGGGCGGUAACCCCGGUCGUAAUGCAGCAUGCGGGGAGAAGAAGCUCCAAAGGGAUGAACAAUGAGCAUUAUACGCCACUCAAGCAUAAAAGUAAAGCUGAACUCUCAGAAGUUGAGAAGCUAUGGAAUUUCAGGUUUGAGACGCAGGACGCGGAGGCUUUACGGGCAGAGCACGGCUUUGUUAAUGAGUAUGGCCUUGAUUAUUAA